AUGGGACGAACCUUGACUUACCCUAAGCGGGUCUCUAACACCGCGAAUCGUUAUAAGCAUCGAGCUACUUAUGACUUGGGCCCGAUUCAUAAAAUCAUCAACGAUUCCCAAGUGCUUCAUGUGUCAUUCAACCCCGGUCCAGAGGACCCCUUCCCCGCUAUUCUACCAAUGAUCGGACAGAUGGGAUCAUUUGAUUACCCUUCUGCCAGCAUCGACGAGCCUCUCGAAUGCUACCUCCACGGCUACGUCAGCUCACGCAUCAUGAACCUCGCCCGGAACUGCUCCGAAGGCGAAGGUCUCCCAAUCUGCGUGGCCAGUAGCAAGAUAGACGGUCUGAUACUGUCGCUGACGCCCAACUCCCAUAGCUACAACUAUCGCUCUGCCAUCCUUCACGGCUAUGCCAAUCUCGUCACAGACGAAGAGGAGAAGCUAUGGGCUAUGAAAUUGAUCACAAACUCCGUCCUUGAAGACCGCUGGGAUCACUCGCGGGUGCCACCAGACCGUGCGGAGAUGCAGUCGACCGUCAUUCUCAAAGUGAAGAUUGUCGAUGGAAGUGGCAAGAUCCGCGACGGUGGAGUGUCGGAUGAACGUAAGGAUUAUGGUGACGAACAGAUCACAAACAGCGUCUGGACCGGCGUUGUUCCCGUCUGGGAGACCUUUGGUACCCCGAUUCCCAGUGGGGAUGGCAAGGUUGCUGCAGUGCCGGAGUAUAUCUCUUCAUACAUUGAUAAGAAGAACAGCCAAAACCGGGCCCUUGCGGAAGCUGCUGUCAAAAUCCAACUGCCGGCCGAGGAGCAACACUAG